AGUUAUGUGGUCUGGGGACAAUCUUGCAUUGUCCAGAUUAAUAUCCAGUGGAGGAUAUUAAUCGUCUCCUGCCUCAUUUGGUAGAGCUAGGUGCUAGUUCAAUGCAAGAUUUGCUGUUUUUAAACGUUGAAACAGACCUGCCUAAUGUACUACCUCCUCUUAAGAGACGUAAAUUAGAAGCAGCUUUAGCAACUUCAAAUUCUAAGCCUGUUUAUUCGCAAUAUGUGGACCUUAUUGAAACAUCUGUGGUAACUCCCAUUGCAUGUACCAAGUCAUGUGGGCCAAAAAAGAUGGUUGUGUCAAUAACCGAUGCAAUAGAAAAUCAUCCUUUAAAAAAUAGCAUCAUUAUUGAGGCACAAAAAGCUGUAAUGGAUGAUCGCUUGCAUCGUCUUCUUGUCAAAGUAGCAUGCUCUUACUUAAUUGGUUGCUUCAGAAAUUUCUACAUCUAUCCUCCACCAGAGCAUCAAUUAGCCAUGGCAAAAAGUAUUGUUUCAACUUUUAAGUUUAGGGCAUGUCGAAGCGGAAAUGGAAAUGAAUUAUACUACUGUCCGGGUACAUCAAAGGGUUUUCUCACUAACCGUUUUAGAGAAAUUUAUCGUUGUUACUCAGCAGAUGUAAAAAAAUACUGUUCUCGCAGUAAAAAGAGUGAUGGGUUUAUUGCUGUUGGAGAUGACCCAGCAGAAAUAAGCAACGAAGAAUAUGAUUUAAUAAAGACAAAAUUGUUGCAUCUUAUUUAUACAGACCGAAACGAAAAUGAGAUUGUAGAACUGAUGAACAAAUCAUGUUUAUGCAGGCAAUUGUGAAUCCGAAAUGAUUUACCGACAGCUAAUAGUAUACUUGAGGAAUUUCCAAGAUUUAUGGACACUCCAUUGUUGGUAAAAAAAAAAAAAAUUCCUGGCUAGACAAAUUUUUGAGGGUUAAAUGAUGAAUUCCAAUCCAUUAAUCGAAGUUAUGUAGAAAAUAUUUCAGUUUUAUUGGAAACAAAAAUUUUAAAACAAAUAAUUGCAUACUGCAGGCUGACUGGCAAAUGCAUUGACAUUAUAGGUGACAUAGAUACUGAAGGGAACAGCAAUACAGAUGCAUUAGUACUAAAAUCUUUAAAAGCCCUUGUUUAUCUUUUGCCAACUAUGGGAAAAUAUUGUGUUUCAGCAGGUGCAGCAAUUAUUUCCUAAUUGAAGAACUAAAGGACGGCGAGACACUCGAGAUGUUCCUUAAUCGCUCAAAUCCAAAACAGCAACCGUUCAUUUUGUCGUGUGGAUCGUCUUUUUUUGUUGUAUGCAAUGGAAAAGCAAUUAUAGUUAAAUCUUCGAAAGUUUCUGUUGCCUUUGACUGUCUUUUCAAGUCGUUUUUUGUAUUUAAUCUUGAAUAUCCAAAGCAACUACAAAUUUUAUACAAUUUCUUUCAAGAAUUAGUUUAUAAACUACCUAGUUCUGUUCCGUAUACUAAAGCACGUAAAUUAUUCGAAGAGAUAUCUCAUAUGUAGUAUAUUCAGAAACAAUAAAGCCUCAAACUGAUGCUGACAAAUUUUAGACAGUAAUUUAGGACAUUUUAGUAAUUUUAGCCUUUAUCUUCUUCUUUGUAAUUUUUUUUUACUGCAAAUCUUUUAUGUGAAACUAUAAAUUAAAAAUAUGCACGAUAUUUUCAGUAAAUUUUAAAAAUAUA